GUCAGUGGGGAGAAGAAGCCGGUGAGCAGCACAUCAGGCAUGCAGACCAGUGUGGAGACCAGCCCCUUGCUAAAGCACCGUGCAGAGGUGGUGGUCCCGGAACGCCUGGCCCAGAUGAUACAGCACAUCCAGAAGAAGGACUUUGAGGGCUUUGGCCAGCUGGCCAUGAGGGACAGCAACCAAUUCCAUGCUACCUGCCUUGACACCUUCCCCCCCAUCUUCUACCUCAACGACCUGUCUCGCCACAUCAUCGCCCUGGCACAUCGCUUCAACACCCACCAUGGCCACACCAAGGUUGCCUACAGCUUCGAUGCUGGCCCUAAUGCUGUCAUCUUCACCCUGGCCGACACUGUGGAUGAGUUUGUGGAGGUGGUGAGACGCAGCUUCCCCCCUGCCACCAACGGGGACCAGUUUGUCCGGGGGCUGCCCGUGGGCUCGGCUGUGCUGCCACAGGAGCUGGUGGCCACAGUGGUCACAGAGCCCAUUCCAGGGGCCAUCCAGUACAUCCUGCACACCAAGCCUGGCCCUGGUCCCCAGCUUGUGGAUGACUCCAGUCAGCAUCUCCUGGGAGCAGAUGGGCUGCCCUGCUGCCGUGCCUGA